AAUAAAAUAUAUCGUAACGGCUGUUAUGUCCGGCUCCGCAGCCCUGCCGCUCCGAAUCCUUUGCAUUCAUGGUUAUCGUCAGAAUGCCAGCUCUUUUCGGGAGAAGACGGGUGCCUUGAGGAAACUUUUGAAGAAGCAAGUGGAUCUGGUGUAUAUAAGUGCACCACAUCAGGUCCCUGCUCGUGGUGACAUUUCUCAGGAGCAGGAGAAAGCAGCCGGCUGUGGUGAUGAGGAUCAGCGGGGAUGGUGGUUUUCAGACACCCAGGCCGUGAGCUUCGACGCCAGGCAGGAGUGCGAGGAGAGCUUGGGGCUGGAGGAGAGCGUGGAUGCCGUCAGAGCGGCAGUGAAAGAGCAGGGCCCUUUUGACGGUAUCCUGGGUUUCAGUCAGGGCGCGGCCUUCGUGGCCAUGUUGUGUUCUUUGCAGGAACAGAAACUGGAACCAGACUUCAGGUUCCGCUUCGCCAUACUGGUGGCCGGGUUCCGGAGCGCGUGUGCCCAGCACAGACGGUUCUACGACGGCCCGGCGAUCACGUUACCUUCGCUGCACGUGUUCGGACAGGAGGACCGCGUGAUCCCGGAGCAGAUGAGUCGAGAUCUGCUCCCCGUUUUCGACGGGGCUCAAACCCUGACCCAUCCUGGUGGACACUUUGUCCCAGCAGCCUCUGCUCACAGGCAGACCUAUCAGGAGUUUCUCAGAAAGUUUCAGUAGCUGGAGAACGAAAGUGACACACAGUGACAUCCUUUGACUUGAUCUGUGUCACUGAGGAUGGUGAAACAUGUUUGUCUGCAGAACAACUGUGCUUCGACUCAUUCGUUUGACCCUUGACCAGUCUUACAUUAAGCCAGACGAGUACUGUGCAAUGACUUUACUGUGUGGACAAAUCAAUGCUGUUGCUUUACUC